AACACAAGAGUAGAGAUUGGGAGAUUCAGCAUGCUGAUCGCUUGGCAAGAUUACAAGAAACUGCAAAUGGAUGCAUCUGUUAUAUCACAUUGAGGGACUCUGCUGCCAUUAUUGUCACUAUUCACAUUGGUUUUGUAAAUAGGCGAAGAAUUUGUUGAGCAGUCAAGCAAUGCAAAGACAGUAUUAUCAUGAAACGAGAAGGGGCAUCCCAGUCCAGGCCGAAGCCUUUGCUUGAUUGGGUCCAUGCACAGGUUGACAUUGAAGGAUCUGAGAUGUAUAUAGCUUGAUUAGUGUAGUCUAUAUUAGUGAGAGGAUAGCUGCCUGAAUGGGUGGUGAAGGUGAGCUUGUCUUCAUUGCAAGUUACAUAUUUUUUAAAUACUGGAUCGCCACAGCCAAGGCCAGUGCCAAAUGGAUGCCUGAUGGGUAUCUUGCCACAGGAAUUCUGGCAGGCUUGGGAUGAGAUUAAAGAAUUUUUGAUUCCUUAAAACUUCGAUAAUUUUUUAAUUCGAUGGAUUACUUUUUAAAAAUUAAUAAUUUUUUUGUUAUGAUGACAAAUUAAGAUCAUCAAUUUAUUUGAAUUGUAAAUAAUAAAUAAAUUCUUUUUAAUUAUUACCAAUAAAUAAAUAAAUAAAACUUAUGCUUAAAAUCAUUAAAAGCCUAUCCCUGCCGAGGCCACGACACAAAACAGCUCGUGGCUACCCUAAGCAUAUGGUAAUAUCAUAAUCAGUAGAACGAAGUCGUUUCACUGGGGAGUCUGAAAGCGAAGCCUAAGGCUGACGAUUGCACCCGGUGCAACCUCGAAGCCAUCGUUUAGCUUCAUCGACUCAGGUUUCACCAUCACUGGUUGUGGAGAAACAAUCUUGUUUAACUUCAAGGUGAUGGACUAAUGAAGUCUCUUUGCGCUGAUUCUUCCGUAUGGAGAGAAGCCACUGCGUCGUUACACAAAUCCUCAAAUUUCAUUAUUAUGGGUUUCUUACAUAGACAUGAAGAGGUGUGCCAUUUUUUACCUUAGGCAUUCUUUUCAACUUUUUUCUCAUCAUCUCUACGUGGGAUUCCCUCGAAAUAGUUUGCAAUUAAUUGUUGGAAGAUCUUUGAAUAAAAAACUCUAUUCCUCAAGCUUGAGUAAUGUCAGACCUUUUCCUGAUUAUUCCCCAAAGAAACCCACUAUUAAAGACUCUGAAAUUGUCCAUCAAAUCUCAAAUGCAAUAAAAUUACGCCGCUCUGAGCCCCUCUGCCGCAUUCUUAAGCCUUAUGAAUCUAAGUUUAGGUCUGACCAUGUAAUUUGGGUUCUUAUGAACAUCAAGAACGAUUAUGAAUUGGUUUUAAAUUUCUUUGACUGGACACGCCUGCUUAGAUACCCAAAUCUUGAAGUCCGUUGUAUUGUUGUUCAAAUUGCUGUGGCUUCGAAGGAUCUUAAAAUGGCUCAUGAACUUAUUCAUGAUUUUUGGGCAAAGCCGAAUUUGGAUAUCAGUCAUUCAUUCACUCAUUUUGUUGAUCAACUGAUAUACACUUAUAAGGACUGGGGUUCAGAUCCCCAUGUAUUUGAUGUUUUCUUCCAAGUCCUUGUUGAAGCUGGAAUGGUAAGUGAAGCAAGAAAAUUUUUUGACAAGUUGUUAAAUUAUGGAAUAAUUGUUUCCAUCGAUUCUUGUAACUUAUAUCUAUCACAACUGUCAAGAAAUUUUGAUACGCUUGGGAUGGCAAUAGUGGUUUUUAUUGAAUUUCUUCAAGUGGGUGUCCGUUGGAACACCGCAUCAUAUAACAUAAUUAUGAAUUCCCUUCUUCAAUUAGGGAAAAUAAAAGAAGCGCAUCUUUUUCUGAUGAAAAUGGAGUUCAAAGGCUGUACACCUGAUGUGGUAAGUUAUAGCACUAUAAUCAAUGGGUAUUGUCAUAUUGGCGAACUGCAAAAGGUGUUGUGGCUUGUCAAAAAAAUGCAAAAGAAGGGAUUGAAGCCCAACUCAUACGUCUAUAGCAGCCUAAUCCUUCUUCUAUGUAAAAGCGGUAAAGUUGUUGAAGGUGAGAAGGUCUUGAGGGAGAUGACGGAUCAAAGAGUUUUUCCUGAUAAUGUGACAUAUACAACUCUAAUUGAUGGUUUCUGUAAGUUGGGCAAUACUGAAGCUGCUUAUAAGUUGUUUGAUGAGAUGGAGGCUCAGAAAAUUGUUCCUGAUUUUAUAACAUAUACUGCUCUUAUUUGCGGGCUUUGUCAAAGUGGAAAGAUGAUUGAAGCAGAAAGACUUUUCAAUGAAAUGCUUAAAGAAGAGUUGGAACCAGAUGAGGUUACAUAUACAGCUCUUAUCGAUGGUUAUUGCAAGGCAGGUGAGAUGAAAAAGGCUUUUUCCCUUCACAAUCAGAUGGUCCAAAUUGGGCUUACUCCAAAUAUUGUCACAUACACUGCACUGGCUGAUGGCCUUUGUAAAUGUGGGGAGCUAGACACAGCGAAUGAGCUUCUUCAUGAGAUGUGCAGAAAGGGCCUUGAAUUAAAUAUUUGCACUUAUAACUCAAUUAUUAAUGGCCUUUGCAAAGCAGGAAAUAUAUCACAAGCAAUAAAGCUGAUGGAAGAAAUGCAGGAAGCAGGGAUAUAUCCUGAUACUAUCACUUACACCACUUUGAUGGAUGCUUACUGUAAGACAAGGGAGAUGGUUAAAGCACAUGCGCUUCUGCGUGAGAUGCUGGAUAGAGGGCUUCAACCUACAGUUGUUACGUUCAAUGUGCUCAUGAAUGGUUUUUGUUUGUCAGGAAUGCUGGAAGAUGGUGAGAGACUACUGAAAUGGAUGUUGGAGAAGGGCAUAAUGCCAAACGCCACUACCUACAACUCUAUUAUGAAGCAGUACUGCAUUAGAAAUAGCAUGCGUACUACAACUGAAAUUUACAGGGAGAUGUGUGCUCAAGGAGUGAUCCCUGACAGCAAUACAUAUAACAUUUUAAUAAAAGGGCACUGUAAAGCAAGAAAUAUGAAAGAGGCAUGGUUUUUGCACAAAGAAAUGGUAGAGAAGGGGUUUAACCUCACAGCUAGUUCCUAUAAUGCUCUCAUCAAGGGGUUUCUCAAGAGGAAGAAACUUUUGGAGGCAAGACAGCUGUUUGAAGAGAUGAGAAGGAAAGGGUUGGUUGCUGAUGCAGAAAUAUAUAAUCUUUUUGUUGACAUAAAUUAUGAAGAAGGGAACUUGGAAACAACUCUUGAGCUUUGUGACGAAGCAAUCGAGAACUGUCUGGUGGAUGAAGCCAGGAAUGGAAACCGAUAGUUGAGGGUUCCAUAAUAUUUUUGUUUGGUAAUUAUGGAAAGAACUUGCAAAAUUGGAUUCACUUAUAGGCUGGUAUGGAUGAACAGAUGUCACUCACAGAACAAUUUCAGAAUUAUGGUGGACAACGUACAUGUGAUACACCACUAUAGCAUCCCACAAGGACCAGAGGGCAGAUGGGGCUGAAUUACCGUGGAUUAUGGUUAUCACAUGCAUAAACAUCCUCUCUAAGUGAUUUGUAAGUUUAUUUUUGUACAUGUUUGUUGUAACAUUCAAAUGAUAAAGGUAUCACAAUUUUCAACUUCGUUUGCAUAUUAAACUCUCGAUAGAAUUGGAUCCUAUGAUUUCUAAGUUCUUCUCUUCAGAACAUAGGAUUUUUUUCUGGGUUCUAAAUUCUUCUCUUUUGAUGCUCCUUUAAGUGUAAUCUUAAGGUAGUGUUUGCAUAUUUUUGCACUAGCUCUGUCCUGAACCAACAAAAUACUUCGAGUGGAUGCAGCAUUCUGGGUGCCAACUGUUUAAAUUCCUAGCAAAGUCGGAAUCAGGGUAUGAAGGUGCAUAUUGGACACACCAAUUUAAGGUAAGAAGAAAGCCAAAUGCUGGUUUUGGCUUUGGGGCCAAGGUAAAAGAGCUCCACAGCAAGUCAAAGAUUGAUAUUUCAAGGAAAACGAGCGCUCGCUUGUCUAGAGUUGAGUUUAUUAAUGGUGUUGAAGUUUUUUGUAAUGGAGGAUUGCUCUCAAAAAGAUGCCCACACGAGUACUCUUAAAACUGAGACUUAAAGUUGUAACAGGAAAAUUAUGUGCAUGUGGCCUUUGGGCUAUCCAAUAACUUGUGUUCAUUUUUUUUUUUUUUGUAGUUAUUAUUAUUAAUUAAUUCCAAUUACUUAUUGUAUUAGCUUCAAAUAUUUCCUUGUGUGACGUUUUUUCAAGGUUCUAUUUUUAGCGUUUAUAUGCU